AUGAGACCCUCACCCGUCCUCCAGGUGCUCAAGUACAGGCACCUGAAGCUGACGACCAAGGACGUCAACAAGGGCUUCUACAAGGGAAACCGGACGGGCGCCAUGGGCCGCCACACAAAGUACGGAGGUUACGUGAUUGAGUGGCACAAGGUGCGGACGUACGUCGUGCCGGAGGGCUUGAAGGAUUUCAAGCUCACGCCCUUCGUCUCCGAGGCUGUGCGGCCCCUGAGGGGAUCGUACCCCACGAAAGAAGGCCCCCGCGACCCCAAGCUCUACCUGGAGAACUGGAAGCAGGUGAACGGUGUGGAUUAA